AUGAAGUUGCUUACCGUCCUAGUCCUAGCUUUUUAUUUGUGCAUGGCCUUGUGUACUGUUUUAUCUAGUCAACCAUACAAGGCAAUAUUCAACUUCAGUGACUCCCUUAGUGACACCGGAAAUUACCUUCUCUCUGGUGCUCCGUCAUUCCCAGCCAUUGGAAGCCACCCUUAUGGAGAGACCUUUUUCAAACAUGCAACCGGCCAAUGCUCUGACGGGCAACUCGUCGUUGAUUUCACUGCUGAGGCAUUUCGGGUACCAUAUUUGCCGCCCUAUCUUGCCCUAAAUAAUGGCCAACAUUAUAAUUGUGAUCAUGGAGUAAACUUUGCUGUUGCUGGAGCCACUGCACUUUCCCCGGAAUUCUUUUACCAAAGAAAUAUAGGAUCUAGUUUGUGGACAAACGAUUCCCUGAGCACUCAGCUUGGUUGGUUUAAGAAGCUUAAGCCCUCACUUUGCAACAUCAAACAAGGUAAGUAAUUUUAAUGACUAUUAGAAAAGUGUGACAUCUACUUCAAGAAGGCACUCUUUCAGGUGGGAGAGAGAGGUGGAAACGAUUACAAUUACCCUUUCUUUUCUGGUUGGUGCAUUAGACAUGUCAAAACUUUAGUCCCACUUCUUGUUGAGGCAGUUUCUAAUGCCACAAAUGCAUUGAUAGAAGAAGGGGCAGUGGAGUUGGUGGUGCCUGGAAAUUUGCCAAUUGGGUGCUCAACUGUGUACCUCACAAUAUUUCAAAACCCUAAUAAAUAUUUUUAUGAUCGAAAUGGAUGUUUGAAGGCCUUGAAUGCUUUCUCCAAGUACCAUAACAAUGAGCUCAAACGAUCCUUGAGGAAACUCAGAGAAAAACACCCACAUGCAAGGAUUAUAUAUGUUGAUUACUAUGGUGGAGCCAUGCCUUUUUAUCAUGGUCUCACCAUCACGGUUAGGUUCAAAAGUGUUCUAACGGCCUGUUGUGGAGGGGGAGGACCCUACAAUUUCAAUAUUUCAGCAACGUGUGGAGGACCAGGCUCAAUGACCUGCAAAGAUCCAUACUUGUAUGCAAGUUGGGAUGGAAUUCACUUAACAGAAGCAGCCUAUCGCUACAUUGCCUUGGGUUCCAUCCUGCCCACUUUAGUAAUUUUACUACUCCCCACUAGCAUCAGCAAGUUACUUAAAGCCAUCUCUCCCAGCCAAAAACAAAACAAAAGUGUAUUAUGUAUUCCUUUUUUAUGAAAAGUUAAUGUAUUAUAUAAUUAUAAU